CAACUUCCCCGUCAACGACAGUUGUUUCUGGCGGCUCAGUGGAGCAAGAUGGGCAAGGGCCUGGGCCUCAGCUGUGCAAUCCUAGCACUCGGUGCCUUUAUAGCCUGCUUCGGGGCCCUGCAUCUCCUUAACCAGAUCGUGCAGUUGAGCGAUGGCACUUUGAGGAAUCACGAGACCCUCUCCAAGGGCAGUGCUCGCUGUAAGAAGGUCCUGGAGGUCGACCAGACGGAUGCCCCUCAUCUCAGCUGGCUGGAACUGAUCUACAUGCGCUGGACAGUGGUCUUCGCUCUGCUGUACUCCUUCGCCGUGAUGCUCCUGCUUCGGGCCAAGUACUUGAGCAACUUUGAGAUCAACUUGGCCACCUCCAACACGAUGAUGGUAGUGGGCUUUGUGCUGUCGGCGGUUCUGUUCUCGGGCACUGUGAUGAUCCACCAGCGGGAGCCGUUCGUGGACGCCUGGUGCAAUGACUUCAUCUACGUGUACAUGUACUUCAUUGCCCUGACCACCGGAGUGGCGGUGGCCUUCUUCCUGAGCCACUCCUGCCACCAGCAUCGCUCCCAGGUGAGGCGUGACGAGUGGGGUAUGCGAAUUUAAGCGCGAUAAUUUAAAAAACGAUAGCACUUUUCCCCAAGCGGAAGGAUAUGCAAGGACCUGAUAGCUCCCUAAUUCCUUUCCAAAAUUUAAAUUCUUCAAAUUUAAACCCCUAUCCUAAAAAAAAAAACAAAUCUUCAAACAAAAUGAACCUAAUUACCAUUUUAUUUCUUAAAAAAAAGGUCAAUAAAGUAAAAUUUAUCAA